AUGUCGCAGAGGGUCAACAGUCUUCAGAACAACCUUUCGCACCAGACGCCCGAGUCCCUGUCCGCACCGUCUUCUGUGAUUCCUCUGGGACCGGGGAGCACCACCUCGGCCACGUCCUUCUCUGGCGAAGAUUGGCUGAUGCUGUCCGACUUCGAUGCGAACCAGAACCGAAGCUGGUCGCUGGGAGACGUCGUGCUGGGUUACCAGAAUGUAUCCGAGCUGUUGCACUUCUACGCACACAACUACUACGACCAUCUGCCGAUAUUGGACAAGGUGACAUCGACAUCAACAUUGCAUGACUCCAAUCCCUUCCUCUUCUGGACCAUCUUGCGGGUCGCGUGCUAUCGACAUCCAAGGUUCAGCCACGUCUUCGAACUGAGCUGGCAGCCCUAUCGGCUUCUUCUGAUGAGCAAUCUCGUUGCCAUCAUCCAUGACUUUCGAACAAUCCAGGCCAUCGUCAUUCUUUGCCACUGGCCGAACUCUGGACCGAGACAGAGCCAAGAUCCUAGCUGGCAGUAUUGCGGCAUUGCACUGAAUGCGGCGAUGCAGAUGGGAUUGGACCAGCCCCAUCCCGAAAAGAUCGCCCCGGGGUUUCAUGGCAGAUCCAACGUCCAUCACAUGAGUGUCUAUUCACGGCACAUGACUUGGCUGGCGUGCUUUCAUAUCAGCACAAGUCUCAGCGUAUGGCUCGGUGUGCCACCCCAUCUCUCGUCCCCGGCCCAAUUGAACGCUCUUUCAUCCACCGCCAAGGAACCCGACGUCCCACAGCAGUUCAUGGUGCAAAUCGAGAUCCAACGCCAAGUCGUCCAGUACUCGACGUCUCUUGCCGGCGACGUCGACGCAGCUACCGCCUCGACACUUCUGAACCUCUUCAACAAUGAGCUGGACAAUCUGUUCAAUGCGUUUAGAGACAUAUGGUCCCCCAGGCUCGAGAUCCAAUUGCUGGGCGCCAAACUGUACCUCUUCUCCUUGGGCCUCACCGUCGUGACGAAACGGCCCGGUCUUGUGAACAGGAUGGCCGAGCAUUACGUCCCUGACCCGACGAGAUUGCCCGUCCAGCUGGGCCUUCCAACCGCGGUCUCCUUGAUCCACAACAUCUCCAAGCUGAACCGGGAAUCGUCGUUGGAGCCACAUUCGUCUGCAUCGGGUGCGAUACACUAUCCGAAAUUCUAUUUCCGCUUGGUGGUCUUCGCCGUGGGGUUCCUGAUGAAGUUCCUCAGCACGAAUCCCAACGCCUCGCAGGAGGAUAGAGAGCUUGCCAUUUCGCACAUUACCACGGCGCACCAGUUCUUCUCGAGCUUCCCUACCGGGGAGGACUUUGCUCGGGUCGCACAAGCGAUUGAAGUCCUGGCGAAAAACCUCCGGUCGGACAAGCACGACGAUUCUGACCCGAUAAGAACCAGAUCCGGGGCUUCGUUGUUGUAUGACAUUUUCCAAAAGUUUAGGGGCCAACCGGAGCGAUUCGCAGGCUCGGAUGACAACACCACCACCACCAUUACCGGGGCACCGUUCGAGGCGUGGAAACAAAACGACGACGCUUCGAGAACGACGGCGCUGAGCGCUAUCAACGCUGGCAGCACAUCCGUGUGGGCUCCAGUGGGGACCUACUGCGAGAUGUCAACAUUCCAACCAGGCUUAGAAGAGAGUCUCGACAGUCUUCAGUGGAUGUCGGAUGACAUGCUCUCGGAAAUGUUCAGGUUGUGA